AUGAGAACUCUCAUCCUGGCCUUCCUCGGCAUCUGCUGUCUCGCUGCGUAUGCUGUGGAAGGUGUGGGAAGUGAAGUCCCAGAUAAGAGUAUUUGUGUGAGUCUAACUACCCAGCGACUGCCAGUUAACAGAAUCAAGACCUACACCAUCAAGGAGGGCUCCAUGAAAGCAGUAAUUUUUAUUACCAAACGUGGCCUAAAAAUCUGUGCUGAUCCUCAUGCCAAUUGGGUGAAAGCAGCAGUCAAGAGCGUGGACAGCAAGUCCAAAGCCAGAAGUAACGCGAUGCAGCCCAGGCCUACAGGAACCCAGCAAUCCACCCAUACAGCUGAGACCUUGACUGGGUAG